UCGGUUUCAGCAUUCCACGCUCGCGACGAUACAGGAAGACCCACUGACGUUUGGAUUAAACUUUGACGACGUGCAAAUAUACUUUUCCUGAACACUUGCUUACAAUUUCAGCAUUGUUAACUGAGCAACACUUUAGGCAGGGUGCACCCGAGCCUGUUGGACUUGAGUCGGGGCGCUUUUGGAAGAUGUAUAACGCCAGAUAUGAAUACGACGGCCGCAAUGGACACCACGAGCGGAUCGACUUCUUAACCAGCAAAGAGAAGGUGUCAUCCAAACGGAAGAUCUGCAUCGUGGUUGGGGUCCUUUUGGGGCUUCUCAUCCUUGCAGCUAUUGCAGCAUUUCUCAUUUGGCUGUUUGUCUUCAAAGAUGCUGAUUCAGAAGGCACUCUCAGUAAGCAGGUUCGCGAAACAACGGUGGUCUUCAGUGGGCACAUGGGGUUGGCCAGUGUACCAUAUAACCAGAAGCUGGAGGAUACCAAAAGCAAGGAAUUUGAGGAUUUGGCGACCAAACUGGAGACAGUUCUAAAGGAAAACUACAUGACAGAUGAACUGCUUGGAAAAUACCAUGCUAAGUCUGUGGUGACUGCAUUCAGUGAGGGUGUGAAAGCCUACUUUUGGUCCCAGUUUGAUAUUCCAGUCGAAGACCAGGAGAUUGUGCCGGAGUUCUCAGAGGAGCGGGUGUUGGAUGCACUUGAGAAUGGCAUAGCGGCGAGGCGCAGAACAGAAAACCACAAGGAUAUCCAGAUCACUGAAGUCACAGCCUCAUUCACAGAUUAUCGCAUGGCCAGGAACCCCAAAGCCAAGGAGUGCUUCUACCGUCUGGAGGCUGAAGAAAAAACAAAAGAAUUUUCAUCACCGGGAUACCCCAAAGGAUACCCCGCCAAGUCACGGUGUCAGUGGCAAAUCCGCACUUCGGAGAACCAUGUCAUCUCAGUGGCUUUCCCUUUUUUCUACGUUGAGGAUGACUGCUCUGAUGACUUUGUCUCCAUUUAUGACUCUUUGAGUCCUGAUGAGUCUCAGGCCAUCACAGAGAAAUGUGGUCAUAGGCCCCCCAGCAAUCCUCUGGAGGUGGUGUCAUCAGGCAACAUCAUGCUGAUUAAUUUGAUUACUGACACUAAUGUCCAGAGACCUGGCUUCCAUGCCAAUUACAAAGCCAUCCCCAGGUCUCAAGUCAAAGCUUGUGGUGGCGUCCACGCUGAUAACAAAGGAGUCUUCACCUCCCCACUUCACCCCAGCUUCUAUCCUCCUGCCAUGGACUGCAAGUGGACCAUCAAGGUCCCUGCUGGGAAGAAAGUGCGGGUGAAGUUCACCAUUUUCCGCAUGAAAGAGCCUGGGGUGGACACCCGUGUGUGUAACAAGGACUUUGUGGAGGUUAUGGGCCAAAAGUAUUGCGGAGAAAUGUCCUCUUUGGCUUUGACCAGCACCACCAACACCCUAGAUGUGCGCUUCCACUCUGAUGAGUCCUACACGGACAAAGGCUUCAGUGUGGAGUACAGUGCUUACGAUCCUUCAAACCCUUGCCCCAACCAGUUCGCCUGCAGCACUGGAACCUGCAUUGCAAAAGAACUAAAGUGUGAUGGCUGGAACGACUGUGGUGAUAUGAGUGACGAGAUGAAGUGCCAGUGCAAGAAGGACCAGUUUGCUUGCGCCAAUGGCUUGUGCAAACCGAAACUCUGGGUGUGCGAUCGCGUCAACGACUGCGGAGACGGGAGCGAUGAGGAAAGCUGCAGUUGUGAGGAGAAUGAGUGGCGCUGUGGUGACGGGGUUUGUAUGCCGCAGGAUGUUGUAUGUGACAUGAAGAAGGACUGUGAAGAUGGAAGCGAUGAGGUCUCUUGUAAAACCUCUCCGGGCAUCUGCUCUGACUUCAGCUUCAAGUGUAAGAAUGAAGAAUGUGUCAACAAGGUGAAUGCCGAAUGUGACCGUGUCAACGACUGCUCUGAUAACUCCGACGAGGUCGGCUGCAAUUGUGGCACCAGGCCCUAUAAGCUGAACCGCAUCGUAGGAGGGCAGAACGCAGAGCUGGGGGAGUGGCCCUGGCAGGUCAGCCUUCACUUCAAGAACUUUGGACAUGUUUGUGGUGCCUCAAUCAUAAAUGAGAGGUGGCUCCUUUCAGCCUCCCACUGCUUUGUGACCAACGACCCCCAGUACCAUAUUCCAUCCAACUGGCAAACCUACAGUGGCAUGCAGGACCAGUACAAGCACGAUGGCGUACAACGACGCACACUGAAGAGGAUCAUCUCCCACCCGGAUUACAACCAGAUGACCUUUGACUAUGACAUUGCACUGCUUGAACUCAGCGAACCGCUGGAGUUCACCAACACCAUCCAACCCAUCUGCCUACCCGCUCCCUCCCACGUCUUCCCUGCGGGCAUGUCCUGCUGGGUCACAGGCUGGGGCGCGCUCAGAGAAGGAGGUACAAAAGCACAGAUACUGCAGAAAGCAUCGGUAAAAAUCAUCAACGACACGGUGUGUAACGUGGUCACGGAGGGCCAAGUCACCUCCAGAAUGCUCUGCAGCGGAUUCUUGGCUGGAGGAAUUGAUGCAUGCCAGGGAGACUCCGGAGGCCCCCUGGUGUGUUUCGAGGAGAGUGGGAAGUGGUUCCAGGUUGGCAUCGUGAGCUGGGGUGAAGGCUGCGCUCGUCGAAACCAUCCGGGUGUGUACUCACGCGUCACCAAGCUGAGAGAGUGGGUCAGGAAAGAGACAGGGGUUUGAUGAUGUCGGUAGGAACAGGGAGGGAUGCAGAGCGAGGAACAACAUCACAGUGCUAAAAAUAAUGGAGACGGAACACUUGAGUCUUGAUCCGGGACGAGUCUUUCCAAGAUUAUUUCAUUUAGCUGCAGACUGAGGAUACUUUUGCAUGGACCACUCGCAUAAAUGACUUAAAGCAACUUUAUUUGGUUGCCAACCUCCAUCUUCCCACUCCCCCCACACGCACACACACACACACACACACACACACACACACACACACACACACACACACACACACUUACACUUACACUUACACUUACAGGUAAACUACCCUAACUCAUAUUUUGUAUAGUUUUUAAAGGCGUAAAUCAGCACAGUGAAUUUUACCCCCCAUCAAUAAUGUUAUGUUUCUUUAGUCAAUAUACACUGAAUGCAAAUAUUUAAAUAUAUGCAUUUUUUUCCCAAAAGGUAUAACUUUUGAAGGUGGAUGCAGAUUCUGAAUAUCUUAAAUAUUUUAAAAAAUCUAAUUGUGCUUUUAAGCCUCAGCAUUGUACAUUUCUAAACACAUGAGAUGCCUUCAUCCUCUAGAGCUGCAGUCAGUGUUGCACUUUGCCAGUGGGCUCAUGCUGUAGAUCGCUAUAAAUUUGGGGUUUUAUUUACAGGGUAUCUUUAAAGACAAUAUAUCGCCUAUGUUUUACAAAACACUCAUGCAUAGCUGAUGAUUAUUUCCUAAGCAUAGCACUGGUUUUUAGAUGGAUUAAAGCGUUUUUAUCAACCUAUUUGCGAGGCAGCCAUUAGUCGUAAUUUUUAUCAGGAAAGUGUAAACAUUAAAUUGCAGAGACAUCCGCAUUACCGUGUGAUGAUAACAAAAGUUAAUAGAAUAAACAAAAGAUUCAACAUGUUGCUCAUAUCUAUGCAGGGGCAUUUACAUAUCAUGCUAAAAUGAAUGAACACCAGAAGUGGAGAAAAUCAACCUAAAAGCCCAUAAUAGUAUUGCUUCAAUUACAGUUGGUAACUUUUAUGAAACUACCUUUUUGUCAAUUUUGCCGAAAAGGUUCUCCUCACAGUAGAACAUGAGACAAUCUGUUAAAGAUAUCAUGUCCCUCCUCCUACUGCUUCUAAUGGCAUUUGCUAAGAUUUGCUGCAGCUGAAGAAAGACAACCAGUCAGAGCCAAGGAAUCUCUAUCAGCUAUUGAUCAUGUCAGUCCCUGCAGUCAAACUUUUGAACUAGGCAGCACUUAUCAAAUAUAAAUCCAGCUUUUGUUACAGCAUUGCCUAUGUCUCGCUUUAAAUGUUUUCAGAAAUAUGUUUUAGUGAACCGUUAAGCUGUAAGAUGAGAAACUUGGUCCCGACGGUGGGCCGUGCUUUGCUUGACAGUUUAUAACUUGGUGGCCAGGUCACAAACUUUCACAUUUUCCAGAUAAACAGUGCAUUACAAUAUGUUUCGUAAAACAUUUGAGAUGAGAAUUUGGCAAUGCACAAACAGAAUAUUGAUUCAUGUUUGAUCGAUGCUGCCUAGUUUGACAUUUUGACUGCAGUUAAUGAGCAGUGAUUGACAUGAUUGACAGCUGGGUUAGGGACUCUUCGGCUCUGAUUGGUUAUUUUCACUGAGAUUUAGUUUUGCAAAUUCCAGUACAAGCACUAAAAGGAGACAGAGGAGUAUGCUGUUUAUUUACAGUUUAUGUGCUUCAUGUACUACUGUGUGCAUAUAGUGGCAGUAUGACAAAAAGUUAGCAACUACAGCUUUGAGUAUACAAGAUUUGUAGUCAGUGGGCUAAAACUGGCAAAAAAAAAAAAAACAUUAGCGUGCAGAAUGUUGGUCUUUGUGGAGUGAAGCUUGAGUUGUUACUCUGAGCAGGGGGUCCUGGAUCAGUAUUUUUAUUACAUAUUUACAGAUGCUAACUGGCCUUGCCUGGUCUGUAAAUUAUUUGCCAAAAUGUGAUAUUCCUCGGGGGAGCAGGAGGAUGAGGAUUAGAUCCAGUUGGCUUUUGCACAGGUCUCUAGUCAAGCUCAGGGUGAUUGGGUCUACAGUCACACACACACACACCUGAGAGCCAAAGCAAACCAGUGGGGUUUUCACCAGUUUGCCAGAGCAGUACGAUGAGUCCUCAUCCCUAUGAGUAUUUUCUCUCUCUGGUCACGGCCAACCCAGUCGACUUUUAAAUCUAAGAUUUGACUGGAUGGUUUCUUUUACUCUAUUUGCCUUCAUCUCUGACUUAUCCUGGAAAUAUUAUAUCCUGGAUAAGCAAACCAAAGAUUAGCAUAAGUAUUAUUUAUUGAAGGGGAAAAAAAAUUAAGAAGAAAAAUUUGUUGAGGAUAUUGCUCGGCGGACCUCUUUUAUUAAUUCCUCAGAGUCUUACAGUGAAACUAUGCAAGCGCAAAUGUGUGUUUUUCAGAAUGUAAGUAGAAGCCACAACUUUUAGAUAUAUGUUUUAAGAUAUUUUCAUGAAUAUUGUACAGUGUAAUUUGGAAUGUGGUCUUUAUAACCUUUCUUUGAUGUGUGUGCUUGUCUGUGUUUUUAUACGAAAGAGUCGUAGCAAUAAACAUCUUUUAUCCGAUUCCUCAGUA